AUGCGGGACUGGGCGCCGGGCGCCGAACGUGGGAGGCGCGGGCGCGCGGGCGGGCUGAGCUCACACGCCCGGGAAACCGCCGCGGUGGAGCCGGCGUCCGCAGCGGCUGCGCAUCUGGCGUCUCCCGCGGGGCGCUUGGGGGACGGCGAGCUGGGCUGUGUAGUCCCGAGGGAGGCGGCCGCGGGAGGUGGCGCGGAGGUGUUGGGAGGAGGCGGGAAGGCCGGAGUCGUAGUUCGAAGAGGGCAGGUGCUGUUGGCGACGCAACAGGGCUCUGUCUCCGAGGAACAGCAAAUGUCAGAGCAGAGGGAGGCUGGCUCAGCCAGUCCUGGAGCCGCUGCAGCACUCGUUCUCCAAACAUUCUGGUGCAAGGAGAGUGGAGGGGGCUGCCGGCCUGCACUGCUCUCCCACCCACAGCCCCUGUGGGAAGGGCAUUCUGGCUGCCUCGGGCUGCUGGACAGAGGCUGCGUGGGCCAGGGUGGUGAUGGUGCCACCGCUCCUCCCUGCUGCCCAGUGUGGAAGAAGAAUGCAGAGCCAGUCUGUGCUCCUGACGGCAGCGAGAGGGAUCCCAUGAAACAUAAGUCACAGCAUGGCUUCCUGUGCACAGAACCCUGCGGUGGCUUCUCUUCUCACUCAGUACAAUCGGCCCUCUGUACCCCUGGGUCCCGCAUCUGCAGAUUCAACCAACCAUGGAUUGAAAAGACUCGGAAAAAAAAAGAAAGUACACUUUUUUCCUUGUUAUUAUUCCCUAAACAAUACAGUAUAAGAACUAUUUACAUAGGAUUUACGUUGUAUUAGGUAUUAUAAGUAAUCUAGAGAUGACUUAAAGUAUACAGGAGGAUAUGUGGAGAUUAUAUGCAAAUACUUCACCAUUUUAUAGAAGGGACUUGAGCAUUUGCGGAUUUUGGUAUCUGCAGGGGUCCUGGAACCAAUCCCCUGUGGAUAUUGAAGGAUGACUGUUGAAGUCAUAGUCCUUGUGGUGGUCCAUAAGACCCCGUAGUUUCUAUCAUUACUGUCCAGUAGAAGUAUAAUGUGAGUUACACAUGAGGGCUGCAUAUAUAAUUUAAAAUUUCCUGGGGUAGCCACGUUAAAAAAUGGAAAACAAAGCAGAUAAAAUUAAUUUUUCUUUUUAUUGUGCUUUAGAUGAAGGUUUA